AUGGCUGCGCAGUUGCGCAAUUCAGCAAUACUUGCCGGUAGCCCAUCGACACUCCGGAGCUUGACAACCCUCAGCACUUCCGCCGCCGCCGUGCAACCACUUCACCAAACCUCACAUCUCGCACCAGCGAAUCUCCCGCCUGCGCCGCCAUCCUUGACACCGAAACAAGAAUACCUCUUGCAAACCCCACCAGUUCCCCAGCCGCUGCCGCAGACACACUUUGACGGGACGAAGCACAAGUUCCUGGGAAAUCGGAAGGAUGGAGAUGGACAGGACCCAAACAAGACAAAACUUGGUAAAACUCUGAGAAUACUUCAGGAACGAUUACCUACGUUGCUUCAAUCCCCGCUGCCUCAGGACAUUUUAGCUCCCAACAUCUCCCUUCAACUCUUUCCUACGACACACCCGCAUCUGCCUGCUGUAUCAGGGAAAGUUGCCUACAAUGCCGCCCUCUGGACAUCGCCAAUUGCAUGGAAUCGGGUUCCUAUAAUAGGCAACGUCAAGCUCGAAAUCCUCGCAGAACGCAUGACGUCUGAGCCCUUAACAUUCCUCCCUCGGCGCACAGGUGCCAUGCCAGAACAACUCGUGGUGCGCUGGUGCGAGAAACGGCGCUCAAAUGGAGACAAGCCGGAACCAGGAGGUAUCGCGCGGUCUUUAUGGCGUGGAAGGGGUGUUGACCCGAACAAGGCAUUCACUGGCCUCUUUAUUUUCGACUUUGAUGCUGAAGGCCGGGUAUUGACCCAUACGAUUGAACAGGCGCAGGAAGGAGGUAAUUGGGAAAGAGGCAUGGGAGCCAAAUUUGUUGGGUUGACGGACUGGCUUCUUGGCGGUAUGAAGAAUGGUAAUGAUAAUCCGAUACCUAUGUUUGAGCGGAUGAAGAAGACGAUUUGA